CCCAACCAUGACGGUGUCGUACUCUCUUGAGGUGGCCAACGCCAGGUUCCACGGCUUCUCCAGGCUGCUGUUCAGGUGGAAGGGAAGCAUCUACAAGCUGAUGUAUAAGGAGUUCCUGGUUUUCUGUGCGGUGUAUCUGUUUUUCAGCGUCUUCUACAGGGUCUUCCUCACGCCGAAGCAGCAGGAUCUGUUUGAGCGCGUCGCCCUUUACUGCGAUCAGUUCACCAACACAAGCUUCAUCCCUGUUCUGUUUGUUCUCGGUUUCUAUGUGAACCAGGCCUUCACCCGUUGGUGGGGUCAGUACACCAGCUUCCCCCUGCCGGACAACCUGAUGAUGGUGGUGUCAGGAAACGUGCACGGAGCGGACGAGAGGGGUCGCCUGCUGCGACGGACCCUCAUGAGAUAUGCCAACUUGUCCUCAGUGCUGAUCCUGCGCUCCAUCAGCACCAGAGUCCGCAAACGCUUCCCAACCCUGGAGCACGUCGUGGAGGCAGGAUUCAUGACAACACAUGAGCUGAAGAAUUUCGAGUCUCUCCACUCUGACUUCAACAAGUACUGGAUGCCCCUGACGUGGUUCUCCAACCUGGCGGCCCAAGCCAGACAAGAGGGCCGAGUCAGGGACGACAUCGCUCUCAGGCUGCUGAUGGACGAGCUGAAUAACUACCGAGCAAAGUGCAGUCUGCUGUUUCACUAUGACUGGAUCAGCAUCCCUCUGGUUUACACUCAGGUGGUAACCAUUGCCGUUUACUCAUUUUUCGCCUUCUGCGUGAUCGGCCGACAGUUUUUGAACCCCCAGAAGGGAUACAGCAGUCACAGAUUUGACAUGUACGUCCCCGUUUUCACCCUGCUGCAGUUCUUCUUCUACACCGGCUGGCUAAAGGUAGGAGAGCUCAUAAUCAACCCUUUUGGCGAAGACGAUGAUGACUUUGAAACCAACAAGCUGAUUGACCGAAACAUUCAGGUGUCCAUGCUGGCUGUGGACGACAUGUACCAGAACCUGGCUCCGAUUGUGAAGGACAAACACUGGAAGAACAGCCUCUUCUCAGUCCCUUACACCCAGUCGACGGCAGCAGAGACACUCAGACCAGCGUUCAAAGGCUCCACUUAUGACAUGAGGAUGAGCACAGAAGAUCUUGAGAUCCAUCAGCCAACAGAUGUACCUGUGACCAAACAGUAUUUACCUCUACCGAACUCUCUGGGCGAUGGGCUUCGUGGUUUCCAGCAGAAAAGUAAUGUGAUCCUGCGCAGCGGUAGCCUCCCUUUUCUGGUGGAUGUGUUGACUCACCAUGUGGAAAAUGAGGCAGAUGAAGCAGAAGAAGUCGGCACAGACACACCCAAUCAUGAGGACCCUGGGAAGGCCAUGGCUUAACCUGUUAUGAAAAUAAAGUCCUGCAUUGAUGGUUA